AUGGCCUCCUCCACACCAGCGGCCCAGGCCCAGGCCUUCCCAGACGGCACUGUCGAUUACAAACCAGCCCGCGGAAAGCAGUACGACCUGAAGAAGCCACACAUCACCGAGCAGCCCAUCACGGUCAACAACUGGUAUAAGCAUGUCAACUGGCUCAACGUCACCUUCAUCAUCUUCGUCCCCCUGCUGGGAUUAAUUUCCACCUACUGGGUGCCUCUCCAGUUCAAGACCGCCGUGUGGUCCGUCAUCUAUUACUUCAACACCGGUCUCGGUAUCACGGCCGGCUACCAUCGUCUUUGGGCACACCGCAGCUACAAGGCUUCCUUGCCUCUUCGAAUCUACCUCGCAGCUGUCGGAGCCGGUGCCGUCGAGGGAUCUAUUCGCUGGUGGUCCAGGGAUCACCGUGCCCACCACCGCUACACUGACACCGUCAAGGACCCCUACUCGGUGAGGAAGGGUCUGAUGUACAGCCAUAUCGGUUGGAUGGUCAUGAAGCAGAACCCCAAGCGAAUCGGCCGAACCGACAUCACCGACCUCAAUGAGGACCCCGUCGUCGUCUGGCAGCACCUGAACUUCAUCAAGUCCGUCAUCUUCAUGGGCAUUGUGUUCCCGACCUUGGUCGCCGGUCUUGGCUGGGGUGACUGGUGGGGCGGCUAUGUUUAUGCGGGCAUCCUCCGCAUCUUCUUCGUCCAGCAGGCAACCUUCUGUGUGAACAGUCUGGCCCACUGGCUCGGGGAUCAGCCCUUCGACGACCGCAACAGCCCCAGGGACCACGUCGUGACGGCGCUCGUCACUCUUGGCGAGGGAUACCACAACUUCCACCACGAGUUCCCCUCCGACUACCGCAACGCAAUCAGCUGGUGGCAGUAUGACCCCACCAAGUGGUCUAUCUGGCUCUGGAAGCAGCUCGGUCUCGCCUCCGACCUGAAGACCUUCCGCCAGAACGAGAUCGAGAAGGGCCGUCUCCAGCAGCAGCAGAAGAAGCUCGACCAGAAGCGGGUCAAGCUUGACUGGGGUGUGCCUCUCGAGCAGCUGCCUGUCAUCGACUGGGACGACUACGUCGAGCAGGCCAAGAAUGGCCGGGGUCUUGUUGCUAUCGCGGGUGUCAUCCACGACGUGACCGACUUCAUCAAGGACCACCCCGGUGGCAAGGCUCUUAUCUCCUCGGGCAUUGGAAAGGAUGCCACCGCCAUAUUCAACGGUGGUGUCUACCUCCACUCCAACGCUGCCCACAACCUGCUUAGCACGAUGCGUGUCGGUGUCCUCCGCGGAGGCUGCGAGGUUGAGAUCUGGAAGCGCGCACAAAUGGAGAACAAGGACGUGUCGUUCGUGAACGAUUCGUCAGGCAACCGGAUCAUUCGUGCCGGUAAUCAGCCGACAAAGGUUCCCAUCCCUGUUGCGAGCGCUGACGCUGCAUGA